CGGCAAUCUGGCGAUGGCCGUGGAAAUGGGAGGAGGAACGCUGUCGGAGAUUCACCAGAGCGCGAAGAAGCUUCUGAUGAGGAGCAGAGGCGGACUCGAACGCCUUGAGAGCCUCGAGUACAUGACCUCCACCGCCGUCGAUUCCCCUGAGCUAUCCUACUCCGUCAAGAGGGACAUCGCUCAGAUCCAGUCUCUCUGCGUCGAGAUGGACCGUCUCUGGCGAUCUGUUGCAAACAAAUCCGAGCGAGAUCUCUGGAAAAGAAAGGUAGAACAAAUAGCAGAGGAAGCUGAAUCUUUGAAACAAAGUUUGGAUAAGUAUUUUGUAAGAAAUCAGAGGAGGGUGACUGAAGCUAAGGAGAGGGCAGAGUUGCUUGGAAGAGCAAAUGGGGAAUCUGCUCAUGUUUUGAGAAUUUUCGAUGAGGAGGCUCAAGCAAUGCAGUCGGUCCGUAAUUCUUCGCGGUUGUUGGAAGAAGCUAGUGCAACUGGAGAGGCCAUUCUUUUCAAAUAUUCAGAGCAAAGGGAACGCCUCAAGAGAGCGCAACGGAAAGCAUUGGAUGUCCUUAACACAGUGGGUCUAUCCAACUCUGUAUUGAAGCUCAUCGAGAGGAGACACCGUGUUGAUAAAUGGAUAAAGUAUGCUGGCAUGGCAUUGACACUGUUCGUUGUGUUUGUGUUUUGGAGGUGGACUAGAUGAAGUUUGAGGAAAAUGAAGAGUUUGCAAGGGCAGCCUACGUCAACUUUUUUCAGGCUUAUAGUUAAUUGUAGAGCAGCUCCAAUAUAGACUGGAUAUUUUGCAAUCUAGUUUGUAUAUCCACCGUUGGAAAACCAAUGUAUAUCAUCAAUUGUUAAAGAUAAUGUUCUUUGUAUUUUACAAUAGUUUCACAUUGCUGAUCAACAUCCGUUUGAGGUUCAAUUUCAA